GACCGGCCUCAUGCACUGCACCAGGUAUGGCCCCGCCGGAGCUCACGUCCUCCUGCUCUGCCUCUACCGCCGGUGGGGGCGUCCCGCCUCGCCUCGCUGCCGUUUGGCUUCUCCCGAGUAUUAGACUAUUUUCCUCACAAACAAGCAAUGGCUGUGGAUGUGGCAAUGCAGCUGUACCUGUGCUCUUCACCCUUGCGAAGGGAGAAGUGUGCCUGCAAAAUUGCUCCGAAGCCAAGCAAGCCCUUGCGGCCCUGCAUCCAGCUGAGUACCAAGACGGUGCUGAACGGGCCAGAAGAGGCAGCAAACUCCUUCACACACAACAAAGUGAAGAAGAGGGUGUCAUUCGCAGACAGCAGAGGCUUUGCUCUGACGAUGGUGAAGGUGUUCUCCGAGUUUGACGAUCCGCUAGAUAUUCCUUUCAACAUCACCGAGCUGAUAGAUAACAUUGUGGGCCUCACAACAGUGGAGAGGGACAGCUUCGUCCUGGAUUUUGUUCAGCCCUCUGCGGACUACCUGGACUUCAGAAACCGCCUCCAGGCAGACUGUGUCUGCCUUGAAAACUGCGUGCUAAAGGAGCGAUCCAUUGUGGGAACAGUGAAGGUGAGGAAUCUCGCUUUUGAAAAGACUGUGAAAAUCAGGAUGACGUUUGACACCUGGAAAAACUUUGUAGAUUACCCAUGCCAGUAUGUCAAGGAUACCUAUGGAGGGUCAGAUCGGGACACGUUUUCCUUUGACAUCAGCUUGCCCGAGGGAAUUCAGUCCCACGAAAGAGUCGAGUUUGCCAUCUCCUUUGAGUGCAACGGGAAGGUGUACUGGGACAGCAACAGGGGCACAAAUUACAGGAUCAUACGGUCAGAACUGAAGUCUGCCCAGGAAGCCAUCUGCCCCCCGCGGGGCCCUGACUUUGGCAGUGCCUUUGACCAGUUUGGGAGCCCCCGGUGCUCCUAUGGCCUCUUUCCCGAGUGGCCCAGCUAUUCGGGCUAUGAGAAGCUAGGGCCUUACUAUUGACCCAAGGACAAAGUCCUGAUUGACUAACUGUUGCUGGCCUGGACACAGGCCUGGGAGCUGGUCUGACCAUGAGGUGUAUGGAAAGGUGGAAGAAGUAUGUCUCCAUGUAGCUCUGCGUAAGCCUCCCAGCACAACCAGAUGCGCCGUGCUCUGCUGGCAGUGGGCUUAUAGUCAGGGAAGCAUCUCUGGCAUAAAGGGCUGCCUUCCCUGCCUCAACUUGGAUAACUGGCUCUCCAGAUGCUCAAAGGACCAGGAGCUGUGUUGCUCGUGUGUCUCUUCAGUGCUGCUACUCCUUCCUCUUCUGUAAAGCUGCUAGUCUCCAGGGAAAUGCUACAGUGCUUAUAUCGUCUGUCCAAGCUGUGUAGUGGUGGCUGAUUUGUAUUGCUUGCCUAGUGUAAAAAGGCUUUUUCAAAAUGUGUUCUAGUAUUAAUAUUUAGUGGACUGUCCUGCAGCUGCAGGGUUCUCCUUGCAAAGCUGGCCCGUUGAGAAAUGGAGUGGUUGGCUUGCAGGGGAUGGAGUCCUCUCCAUGCACGCACCCUUGUAGUGUGAAGUCCUUCCUACUGGAGGCAGAAAGGGUGUUUUGGAAAUGAAAAUGCAACUGUGAUGACAGCCAGCCAUAUUAGGAGACAUAUGUGCCUGUGGGAGAGGAUCUGAUAUGCUUAGUCAUGGGUUGUUUUAUCAGCUGAUCUUGAAAAAACUCUGAUUAUACUCUUGAUGUUACCAAAAAUAGAGAUUAGCUGUGUGGUGCUUGUAACACAGCCGUGGGUUGACAGCCUUGACUGCCUUCUCCAAAGCCUUCCUGUUUCUUUGAUCACUUGUGAUUAAAGAUGCUUUUUUCCCCUGUGAUGGACAUCUGAAGUCAGCUGUUGGCUGUGCUGGGCCCUGAAAAUGCAGUUCUUCCUCCUGUGGACUGUAAAACGGGGUUUUGUCCAGCUGGGCCCUGAGUCCUGUGCAGAUGGCUGUGCUCAGAUGUUACAGGAGUCAAAUGCAAAUGGGCCACUCAGCUACUUUUUGCUGUGUCCCGUUAUAGGAAGACGACUGUUUACCUACUGUGGUGGAAGUGCCUUGACUGAGAAAGGUGGUGUGUGUGAUCCCAGGAAUGCUUUGGGAUAAACAGGCUUUGGAAGUGACGUUGCUUUUUAAAAAAAGGAUCUCCUAAUGUUUUGUUACUCUGUGCCAUGGACUGCUGCACAUGGGAGGAUGCUGUGGCUGUACUGGAUGAACAUGAACAUGCUGGGCUUCCAUAGCUGUUGUAGCUGUAGCUGCCACUGCAGUUUGUAAAUGCCCAAGCUUUGUGUCUCUUGGCUCUAAGCUGCUCACCUUACCUGUGCCAAGAACUAGCUGUGAGGAGCGUGAGAUAGGGGGAGGCUUAUCCUGAAGUCACCCCUGGAUGUUAAACAAAUCACUGAUGUGAACCAUCCCUAUCUUCAAAGAGGUGGCUUGUCCUCUGGGCCUGCUCUGAGGUGAGGUGGCCAGCUCGUGCAGUGCCAAA